UUCGGGGUCCAGUUAAACGAGAGCCGGCUAUAAAAUAACUGACCAGCACUGUCGCCGACAUCAGUACUAUAACUCCGCUCGAACAUGAAGGUUCUGGCUCUAUUUCUCCUCGUGGUAGCGGUAGUUUUGGCAGAUGACAAGUAUACGACAAAGUACGACAAUGUCGAUUUGGACACAAUUUUGGGGAGUGACCGUUUGCUCAAAAACUAUGUAAAUUGCCUAUUGGACAAGGGAAGUUGCACGCCCGAUGGCAAAGAACUUAAAGAAACCCUUCCGGACGCACUGGCGAGCGAGUGUAGUAAAUGCAGCGAGAAGCAAAAGAAGGGUACCGAGAAGGUCGUCCGGUAUCUAGUCAACAAGAAACCGGAAACUUGGGAGCAACUUAAGAAGAAGUACGAUCCCAGUGGCCAAUACUCUACCAAGUAUAUAGACGAAGCACACAAGCAGGGAAUAAAUGUGUGAAUAAUUUAGAUUCUCAUCUCGCUGAGUAGAACGUC